AUGUCCAAGAGACCAGUUUCAGUAGAAGAACUAUUAAGACUAAAGAAUGAAGAAUCAAUUUCUCAACCAAGAUUUCUAUCGAAAAAGGAACGGAAACGUCUUGCCAAGGAGAAAUUAGCAAAGGAAGAACAAGAGAAAUUGAAUAAAGCAAAUAUAAAUCCACCAUCUAAUACUAUAAAAAGACCAAUAGAAGAAAUAGAUGAUUUUCAUUUGAAUUCAAAAAGAUCUAAGCAUCCAGCAAGUUUCAACAACACAUCAUCUCAAGGGCCUAAAAAGUUUAAUUUUGAAUGGAAAGCUGAAGAUGAUACUUCUUCAGAUUAUCAGCCAUUGAUUAGUUAUGACAUAGGGACCAUUGAUUCCAUAGAGAUAGACGAUAAACAUUGGUCUGCAAAGCCACUAGAACAAAUGACCUUGAGAGACUGGAGAAUCUUUAGAGAAGAUUAUAGCAUUACUUCUAAAGGUGGUAAUAUUGCAAAUCCUUUAAGAUCAUGGGAUGAAUCUAAAAUCCCUUCAAAUAUCAUUAAAAUAUUAACCAAUGAAUUAAAAUACGAUGAACCCACCCCUAUUCAACGUGCAGCUAUCCCAAUUGCCCUAUCUGAACGUGAUGUGGUGGGGGUUGCAGAAACAGGAUCUGGUAAGACAAUUGCAUUUUUACUUCCUCUCUUAUCAUAUUUAACUAAAAUUGAUUCAAAUUAUAUAAAAUAUGAACAUACACAAGAAAUUAAUCGAAAUAAGACUUUGGGAUUAAUUUUAGCACCAACAAGAGAAUUAGCAUUACAAAUAUCGAAAGAAGCUGAAAAAUUUGGUAAACAACUUGGAUUCAAUAUUGUGACCAUUAUUGGUGGUCAUCAAUACGAAGAAUCGAUUCACGCUAUCCAAGAUGGGGUACACAUAGUAGUUGCCACUCCUGGGAGACUCGUUGAUUCUCUUGAAAGAGGGAUCGUCAAUUUGAGCAAAUGUUACUAUUUAAUUAUGGAUGAAGCUGAUAAAAUGAUAGAUAUGGGAUUUGAAAAACCUUUACAAUCUAUUAUGUCUUAUUUACCAGCUUCAGAAGAUUUAAUUAAUUCAAAUGAUUCAUUAAUUUUCAAAGUAAAGAAGAGAAUUACCUUGAUGUUUACUGCAACGAUUUCUCCAACUAUAGAAAAAAUUACAAAGAAUUAUCUUAUUCAACCAGGAUAUUUAUUUAUUGGAACCGUUGGAGAGGCAAUUGAUAAUAUUGAUCAACAUUUCGAAUAUUUAGGAUCCAAUUCAAGCGAAUCAUUGGAUGAAUUAGAUCCAAUAAGACAAAACAAAUUAAUCACUACAUUGAAACAACAUUCUAAAUCAUUUAAUUCUGAAUUUUCUAUUAUUAUUUUUGCAAAUUAUAAAAAGACUUGUGAACUGUUAUCUAAUUUUUUAUCCCUGCAAGGAUUUUCAAAGAAUUCAGUAAUUCAUGGAUCUAAAUCUCAAGAAUUCCGUGAAAGAGCCAUUAAGGACUUUAGAAAUGGUACUAGUAAUGUUCUUAUUGCAACUGAUAUUGCAGCGAGAGGUAUUGAUGUACCGAAUGUUUCUCUAGUAGUGAAUUACCAAAUGUCCAAGAAAUUUGAUGAGUAUAUUCAUAGGAUUGGUAGAACGGGGAGAGCAGGGAAUUAUGGGAUAAGUUAUACGAUAUUAGAUGACAAUGAUUCCGAAGUCUUCCCUGAUUUGAAGAGAUUUUUAUCAAAGGGUGGUAAAAAGUGUCCAGAUUGGUUAUUAAGACAUGAAUCAACCAGAGUGCAAUUCUUGAAGGAUUAA